GGAACGAGUGGGCCAUGUCAGACCCGCGUGCCGCGACAGCUGCUGCCCGCGGUGAAGCGCUAAGCAGGCCUAAAGCAGAUUGCAACUUGGUUGCUGCGCCUGAUCUUUGAGGCCUCGCUGCUUGUCCAAUUUACCUCUUGCAGGCACUAUUUGGGAGGGGGGUGGCCAGAAGAAGCAGCAGCGGUGGGUGAUCCCCGCAGUGGGAAGGAGGCAGAGUGGCGGGGGAAGGCCCCGAGCGGCCGUCCGGGGGCGAGAUCCGGGUGGGGCCCGGGCACCAGGCACGGCUGCCCGAACUGCGGCCCGCCCACGAGCCCCCCGGCAUGCCCCGCGAGGAGCUGCGCUGGACGCCUGGGGUUCCCGAUUGCGACCUCAUGAUGUACCUCAGGGCCGCCAGGAGCAUGGCGGCAUUUGCGGGCAUGUGUGAUGGGGGCUCGGCGGAGGACGGGUGUUUGGCGGCCUCACGGGAUGACACGACCAUCAAUGCACUGGACCUGCUGCACGACAGCCAGUAUGACACGGGCCGCGCCCUGCAGGCUCUGGUCAAGAACCCCGUUCCCCGAGGCCUCGAUAAAAAGUGGACCGACGAGGACCAGAAACGCUUUGUCAAGGGCCUGAGGCAAUAUGGCAAAAACUUCUUCAAGAUACGCAAGGAGCUCCUCUCACAUAAGGAGACGGCUGACUUGGUGGAGUUCUACUACCUGUGGAAGAAGACCCCAGGCGCGGCGACUUCCCGGCCUCACCGGAGACACCGCAGGCAGAACGUGCUUCGGCGAAGCAGACCAUCAUCCCGACUGACCAAAGUGGCGCAGAAUGAAUUCGCGGAUGCGAGUUCAGCAAGCGAAGAAGAGGAGUCUGCUGAUGAUUCUGAUUCCCGGGAAGUGCCGGCCUACAUGUGCCACAGCUGCCUUGCUACCAGUUCGAAGGAGUGGUUCCAGACGGGGAAGGAGGGUUCGGUGCUCUGCUGGGACUGCUGCCAGCAGAAGAAGGGCACCGAGGCAGUGAGGCCUCUCUCGGCCAGUGAUGGGGACGGUGCCUCACCGUUCCUCUUCAAGCCUGUCGAUGGGGAUGCACUCAACGGCAAGCACGUGAUGCGUACCCGCCGAAACAAAGAGAACCAGAACCAUACGAAAGGCCGAAGUAAACACGGCGGCAACAAUGGGGGUGACGGAGCAAGCCCAGAGAUCAUGGAUGGAGCGCUCACUGCCAACAACCGCACCACGCUCGGAGGGCGCAAGUCACCCGCUGCCAGCACGGCUGAGAAAGACAAGAAAAAGAAGACAAAUCCUGACACUCCGACGAAAGGCAAAAAGCGAGGCCGUGACGAUGCUGCCCCUGCAUCCAAUGCACUCCCCACGACGCCAACGACGCCAAGCGCCUCUCCAGUGGAGGACUCUGCAGAAGCGGCAGCAGCUGUUGCUGUCGCGACUGCACCAUCUCCGGUAAAUGAGGAAGACGACAGAACGGCAGCAAGCUCGGCUGCCAAGAAGAAGAAGAGUGAGGCAGCCGAGAGCCCCGUUGACUCGCCGGGGGGAGCCGAGGGCCUUUCGAGCCGGAGCAGCAGUGUCGGUGGCGGUGCUGCCUCCAACGAAGAGAAUGCCCCGGAAGAACCUGAGGCGACGUCGGCCAGCCCUCCCAGCGUGUCACCGUCUCCAGUUGUGGCCCCAACCCCGGCGGCAGUGCCGCCAGUGACAGCUGUGGCUGAAGAGCCCUCGCAGGCCGCAUCAAUGCCACUGCAGCUACCGUCGCCAGUGGAGGAGGAGCGGCCGAGCUCUCGACCGAGCUCUCGGCCGAGCUCUCAGCAGCCAGAGCCUAGCCCUGUAGCAAAUGAUGGGCCACCAAAGGAAGCACGGUGUAGCCCAGCAGUCACAGAAGAUAUGCCAGUGGCCCUCCCCAUUUCACGACCACUAUGUCCUUCGCCUGUCUCCUUGGUGAUGCCAGGCAUGCCAAGCCAAGUACCACACCUGGAGCGCUCUCCACAGUUACUUCUGCCACGCAUGUCGCCGCCUGUGCCACCACCGGCACAUCAGCUGAUCGGCAGAGGGGUGCCAACACCUCCGACGCAAGCUCUGGCGCCAUCGCCCAAGUUGAUGAUGUCCGAGGACAAGUUCGAUCAAUUGCUUCCUCAGGCACCGCCCACUCUCUCUCUGCCAGACCCGAGAGUGAAGUCACCAGCAGCACCAGUUGAUGCCAUGCCGUUGUCCCUAAUUAAGAUGGAAGUGGAAGAGUCAAAGCCCCUCCGGUUGGUGUCGUCCCCAUUGUCACGUGGUCGCCCGACUCCCCCAUUGCCCCUGCCGGGAGGCAUCAACCCAUCUCUGGCAGCUCUGUCGGCCAUGCCUCCGCCCCCUGUGGAGCCCCUGCUCCCGUCGGGCAUGAUGCCCCCCACAGUCAAGAGCCACCUUGUGCGCAUCAAAGAAGAAAUGAGCGGACCGCCCACGCUCCUCAUGGAAGGGCCCCCCAGGGGGUUGCCUCAUAGUAGCAGCAGUGGGGUCGCUCCACUUCCACCGGAAGCCACGCAGUCAUUGGCUGCUAAUAGUUCACCGCUGGGGGCGCCCAGGGGCCUGUCUCCCCUGGCGCCCCUUCACCCCUCGUCCUCCUCCUGCUUGCCAGCAUCUUCUCUGGCGGCCGCUGGUGCCUCGGCUCCCCCUCGGUCCUCGCCGUGCUCUGUGCCCGGAGCCCCCGUGGACUACCCGGGCCCGCCCCCGCACCAUGUCAAAACCGAGCCCCCACCCUCUCCCCCAAAAGAGCGCAUGAGUGCCCCUUCCUCUCCUCACCACAUGCCCUCCUUUUCUCAUUCCUCCUCGCCAUCGCACGUCAAGCCGGUUCCAUGUUCUGUUCCCAUGCCGACAACCCCAACCUCCACACCCGCCUCCUCAGCCUCUGGCCACCACCACUACGCCUUUUCACCCCCUCUCUUUGCCACUUCCUCGGUGGCUGUGUCUACUUCCGCCUCUCCUUUGGGUGGUGGAUACCCGAGCCCGCUGGUCACUGUUGCUCGGCAGCACCCGGGGGCUGCACCUCCUCCCGGUGCACCGCCACAAAUGCAUCCGGGGUUCCCGUACUCACCCUACUUCAGCCCCCAGCUCUACUCCCCACACCUGCACUUUCCUCAGACGCAUCCACAGUUUGCCCCUCCUCCCGCACCUCCGCCGCCGGCCCAUCAGGCGACGGCGCCACAGCACCACUCCAAGACGCCCCCCUCGCGUGCCCCCGUGUCCAUGCCUCUCCCCCCUCAGCUUCCGCUGGACAGCGGUGGCGGGGGAAGCGGGCACCGGGUGGCCCCACCUUCCCACCACGGGGGCUCCGGUGGCCACCACAGUGGUGGGCUGUCGUCGCAUCACGGCAGCAGCUCCCACCAUGGUGGCCCCGUCCACCACGUUGUGCCCGAAGAGGAGGAGGAAGAGCCCGAGGCCCAGCAGCUGGUGAGGGGACCCAGCCCCGAGCCCAAGGUUGAAGACAGCGAAUGCCACCGCAGCCAGUCCGCCAUCUUUCUGCGGCACUGGAGUCGAGGCGAAUUCAACUCUUGCGCUCGCACGGACUUGACCUUCAAGCCCGUUCCUGAUUCGAAGCUGGCGAGAAAAAGGGAGGAGAGGGCACGCAAGGCAGCCGAGAAAGAAAGGGAGGAAGCCAAGCAACGGCUCAGCUCCUUGGAACACAGGAGCGGGGCGUCCGAGAACAAAGCGGGCCCCAGUGGCCACCCAUGCGACUUCCCCCCUGGUGCAAAUCCCUACCGGGCAGCACCCCAGCGCGGUGCCGCGACCAACCCGUAUGCGGCGGCAGCGGCAGCAGCAGCCGCAGCGGACACCCCGGCACUGCGGCAGCUGAGCGAAUAUGCUCGACCGCACGCAGGCUUCUCCCCCAGUGGAUACCCGUCACCCCGGUCCCAUCCGGCGGCUGCUGCAGCAGCUGCGGCUGCCGCCGCCAUGGACCCCAUGAUGCUACACUACCAACUGGGCAUGUAUGCUGCAGCAGCUGCUGCCUCGAGAGAGAACAGUCUCCGUUUGGACCUGGAGAUGGAGAAACGCGAGCUGCAGGACAAGCUAAAGGCCGAGCUGGAGCUCAAGUCACGGCUCCCUCAGGCGUACGACCCGCAUUGGCUGGAGCUGCAGCGGAGGUACGCGGCUGCGGCGGGGCUGGGGGCGGCCGGGGGCGCACUGGGGGCCGCUGCGGCGGGCAUGUCCCCCUUUGCGAUCUAUGGAGACCAACGAGAACGGCUGGGCUUGCCCCCCGACGACCGGCUCCACCCGGCCGCCGACCGCCUCGCCCUCGCUGCCGCCGAUCCCCUUCUGAGGUUACAGAUGGCAGGUGAGCUGCACGUCCCCCCGACGCAUGCGCACGCCCACACACACCUGCACCUGCACCCCCCUCAUCAUCAUGACCCACUCUCGGCAGCAGCAGUGGCCAUGGCGAUGCCCCCUGGCGGGGAGCCCCCUCCCUCGGCCGGGCCGUACGGAACUGGCUACCCACCUGGUGGGCCAGGUUCGGCGCCCCCUGGCAGUGGCGGUGGUCCUCCACGAGGCGCGCCACAUGGGCCCCCGCCAGGUGGCCCGCGGCCACAGGACCUGAUGCACCCUGCCGCUGCUGCACUUAUGCGUUCUUCCUACGAGGAGCAGCUCGCGCAUCAGAUCAAUGCAGCCCAAGUGGCGGCCGCCCAGCAGCAGCAAGAGCAGCUGCAGCGGCAGUUCCUGCUCGAGCGCGAGCGACUGGCCCACCUGAGUGCCCUGGGGGCAGCUCACGCGGCCUCGGCCCACCAGGCCUCGGCUGCGCAGCUGCUGCCCCAGCAUGAGGAGUUCCUACGGUGGCGCCCCACAGUCCCAAGGCAAGACUUGUCCAGUGACUGUAGCGCCACGGCUCGUCGCUGCAGCCAACAGCAGCAGCGGGAGCGGGAGCUGAAGCUCAGGACGCUGGAGGAGGCUGCCCGCGGUGGCCGGCCGCCCAUCAACUGAGGAGGCGGGGCAGACGCCAUCAACUGCGUGUCCACCACCGCCGACGCUACCCUCCUUUGCAAUGGUUCCUGCGAACUUUCCCCCUUUUGUGCCGGUGUUCUCAUAUGGCUCGACCCGCCAUCACCGCCGCCACCGCAGCAGCUGCAGAGGGCAGCAGGGGAAAUGCAAUCGCCGUGACGACCGUCACCCGGCCACUCUUCCACCCCGUACCUUCUUGCCAGCUUCCUCGCUCUCCACCGAAGACAAGGCUUUUGCAGCCCAAGCUUGAGAUAGACAUGGGCAAGGUGUGGCCUUGUUCGAGUUGGUCUUGUAUUGUGGUAAACAAGCUCAUAAUUAACCUAAUGGAGGGCGCAGGAAGCCAUCAGACAAGUGGUUAGCUCCCAGCUUAAAUUUAUGGAUAAUCAAGCACACCUAUGCAUUGGGGUGUAACUGGAUAAUCUCUCUUGUUACUCAGGCGCAUCUUCCGGGGUGAUGUGUUUACUGCAACGGGAGUUUCAGCUAACAAGGGAAGUCACUCAAGUGCUUGGUACGAGCAACGGAAUUGCUUUGAACGAUUGCAAGGCUGUUAGCCCUUCACCCACUGUGGUAGCAUAGUGGCUAGCUGCUGCGUGCCCUGCAGCACCACAGUGUGCAUAGAAAGCCAGUGAGCACUCAAGUAUUGGAGAGGAGCAUAUCAUUUUAAAUGAGAAUGCCAUAAAAUGUCCUUUACAUUGAAGUGUCAUAGAGGAAGCAGGACACCCGCCACGGUUGCUCAGUGGCUAUGGUGUUGGGCUGCUGAGCACGAGGUCGUGGGAUCGAAUCCCGGCCACGGUGGCCGCAUUUCGAUGGGGGUGAAAUGCAAAAACACCCGUGUACUUAGAUUUCGGUGCACGUUAAACCCAGGUGGUCGAAAUUUCCGGAGUCCCCCACUACGGCAUGCCUCAUAAUCAGAUCGUGGUUUUGACACGUAAAACCCCAUAAUUAAAAAAAAAAAAAAGAGGAAGAGGGACCUUCAGACCUCCAAACAAUAGACGACCCUUAAAAGAGCGAGGGAUUCUGGGAUGUGCCGUCUGCUAGCUGUUUCCGGUUCGAUUCAGCGCAGCCGCCGCUUCGCCAUUGAAGCCCAUUGAUGCGCUUGCAGGGGUGGGACUCCUGCGUCAAUUGCGCCAUUUUGAUACAAACGCAGAUUCCUGCGCCAAACUGCGCCAACACAGAAAAUAGACCGAAAUUGCGCCACGCUGCACCAGAACGGGUUCGGCAUGUGUGCCCUGGCAGAGGCCGCGAACAACGAACGAAUUCGUUCUCCGAAAAAGACUGUGGGCAUUCACAUUUCGCAGACCGUGUGACAGCGAUUCCCGUAAAGUCUCUCAUGGUUUUCGUGUUUUUAAUACAGGACUUUUCGGCGCUUCCGGCAAGUGGCCACUCUCUGCUUUUGUCACUGCUGUCAGAACGGCCAGGGCGGCUGUAUUUAUAGAGUGUUGAGUGGGGCCGAGCAGCGUGGCGCUCCCUAGCUGAGACGCAAAAUAACGAAAAGCAAGCUUAGGGCACUGCGAGCGAACUAGAUAUUAGGGAGGCGCACGCUGCCGCGUGUUCAGCGGGCGGCUGUCUCUGUCCCCUGGGCCAGUAUAUACUGUAAAAAUAUUCCAAUCAGUUUUUAUGCCCACGUCGGCGAGGCCCGAGACAUUUUGACAUAUCGCGAGGUGCUAAUUGCAGAUUUGGAAUAAAAUGUCGCAGUUUUGCCCGAAAGGCGAAGCAUCGAUUGGAAUAGCAAAUUAGUAGACAGCUGUACGAAGUAAGGAUAGUAGUUUUAUCGGCCGUAUAAACUUGUAAACAUUCGCUUACUAACUAAAUUAACUAAUUAAUCGAAUACCGCCCACGGCGGCCGCAUUUUGAUGGGGGCAAAAACACCUGUGUACUUCGAUUUAGGUGCACAUUAAAGAACCCCAGGUGGUCGAAAUUAUUCCGGUGCCCCCCACUACACGUGCCUCAUAAUCAAAUCGUGGUUUUGGCACGUAAAACCACAUAAUUUAAUUUAAUUCAAAAGCGAUAUACAUAAUACUCGUAACCAACUAGCCCGCAUUAGUUCCUUGAAUGCAGAUAGAGGUAAUGUGCCGCCGUAAUAUGUCGGCGAUACGGCCAUUCCCCCCCCCCCACCCCCCCCCAUCUAGUUGAGCAAAAUACGAAAACUUCUGCGUACCACCUUAAAUGAACCUCAAGUUCCGACCGAGAAAUGCCGUUGACAGUGCGCAAAGUUUUCUAACAUUGUCAGCACUUAAUUUUCUAAUUACGCUAGCUGCGCCAUUACCGACGAUAUCGGUUGCAGCGACGAUCACAGAGCAGCAUUUACCAGACCGCCGUAGCCAUCGCCUCGGCACCCGAUUUUCUAAAGUAAUGCUUCUAUAUGCCGGAUAAAUUAUCAGAUAAAGAUAACUUUUUCAUCUCUCUGACUGACCCGCAGGCAGAGCAGUCAGUGACGAUGCGUCCAAGCAGUGGCAAAUGUUGUAGCGCUAAACCUGUCAGAAACCAAAGUUCGUUUAUGAAUAAAAGCAUAUCCUUACCAUUCUUGGCUUGUCAUCGUUGCGCCCAGAGUGACCUGAAACCUAGAAAUCAGCUGCACGAAUGGCACGACAUUGCUGGUCGACAAAGCACUACCGACAUUUGGAACCGCGCAGGAAAACACGUCUGCUGGGCGUGCCGCCGAUGCCACAGUGCCGGGCGCAUGGUCCGUCAAACCGGAAGCUGCCAGCAGACGGCGCACCCUGCAAUUCCUUGUGAUUGCUCGUUUUACCGGUCACCUAUUCAGUGAGUUCAAGAUAGAGAGCGAAAAAGAUUCCUAGCCCGCACCACACUCGUAGCCAUGCUGGUGCUUGCUAUUAUGAACUCCUCUGCUUUUGCAGUUCGCCACAUGGUGUUCCACUUUAGCCAUUGGAAUAAUUUUUAUUGAACAUGACAAGGCAUGUGCACUGUACCAGAGAUAUCACAAAAAUCUUUUGCUUUGUAUGAGUAAUUUGCACUAGUCUGCACCUUCCUGUGUUCCUCCAAUAUGCGCUGGUUUACCACGAUUGAGAGAGAAGGGUGUGACGAGAUGCAGAGGAGGCACUGCUUAAAACCUCCUCGACGGCGGCACAGUGUGUGUUUGCAAACUGCAGCUGCUGCUGCUACAACGAUCUUCACACCCCCCUUCCCUUUUGCGAUGGCAUUUUUCAAUCUUCCCCUACCCCACCCCUGACGAGGACAAAAUGAGGUUGUGUCAUCCCAGCCUGCUGCGUGUCUUUGAAUCUGUUCACUCUGGCAAGGACUUGUGUUUCUUUGUGACAGAGGCAAGUUGAGUCAUUCCUCGAAACCCAAAAGGAAAAAAGGUGCCGCGUUUAUUUCUUGUUUAUUCUCAUAAAGUUAUUUUCUACAUGUAUGUACACAAACACAGAUGUGUUAUAUAUUAUAUAAAUAUAUAUAUAUAUAUGCGUUUCAUUUACAAUUUUUCUCUGUUUCGAAAGCAAAAAACAUUUGGCUCUCUUUCAUGUGUAGGUACAGAACUUGUCCUGUAAAGUGUUUAUUCCGCCCUUUUGCGAGCAUUACGUUUUAAUUUUUUUAAGUACAUAAAUAUAAAGCUUGUUUGUUUUUUGUGAAAAACGGCCGUCGGCACAACGCCUCAUUUUGCAGACGUUGUUUGUAUUUCAUUUUUUGUGGACACUUUGCAUGUAGAGGUUUUUUACUAGUCAAGAAAGAGAACCUGCCUUUCCUUUCUCGCAAAGCUACGAGACGCUCUGGCCCCGCAUUGCGGCAUUUUAUUAUUCCUCCAGCAAACUUGUUGUGCCGCCAGUCGUUGCGAACAGUUUUAUUAUUCGCUUCGCCCAGUGUUAGGACCACAGAUGUUUUUUUAAGUUCCCACAUCAUGCAAUUGCUGCCCCCCUCCACAACCUGGUGUUCCUUCUCUUAAUGUGGUGGCCUUUUCUCUGUACCAGAUGAGUUGGUGAAGAGGACCCACGAGUGAGCAAUGUGGUAUAAUAGGUCAUUUAAAAUAAGGUUGCUUUUUUUUUUCUUGGCUUGUAUGUGUGUGUGUGUGUUCAGAUGUGCUUGUUUUAUAUUUGUGCAAAAGCAAUUCUUCUGGUGCCAUGUAUGUGCGUGCGCGAGUGUUCUUGCAAGAUUUUGGUGGAGGCCCGACAAGUGGCUGGCUGAUUUUAAAAAAUAUGUAUUUUCUUAAUGGUUUUUAAAACACGGUCGGUUGAAUAUAGUAAAUCAGUUGUGGGGAAGCCCAUUAGGUGGAGAAGAGUUCUUGAAAGGGAAAGGUUCUCAUCCACCUGACUGUUGCACGAUGCUAGUACAGGUUCCUCAGGAAGAAAGCUUCGCCCUGGUUCAGGGAUUGAACCCGGGACCAACACACUUCCGGGGCAUUCACUUUACUAUCUGAGAUAACCUACAGGCUAGCAUAGCAGAUUGCAGAGCGAGGUUGAAUUGAUAGGCAACCCGAAGCACAGGGGCAUUGAAUAUUGCAAAUCAGUUCUGCAGACACCAGCCCGCAAGCUGGAGAAUGGUUCGCAAAAGGUAAAUAUUGUCAUCCCUCCGACUGUUGCACGAAGCUAUGAAAGAAACCUAUACGAACUUUGCAGCUAAAGUUCCUAGGACCAGGAUCAAUUAUUCUUCAACCGUGAAGCUUUCUUCCCGAGAAAUCUGUAUGCAUUUCUUUUGCAGUUUCAUGCUGCAGUCGGUUGUGUGACAGUUUUCUCUUCCACGGUCAUUUGAGCCUGCAUUAGUGACUUUAAGCAGUACCCCUGCCUUUGAGGCGAUCAGUACAGUUGGUGUGUGAACGUUCUGCAAUGUGUCUGAAGUGGCACACAGCACACACUGGAUUCUAUCCGCAGACAAGACAUCUUUUAUGUUUUUAAAAAAUGCGCUCCAUUUUCGGUUUGGUAGCAUGGCAACCGAGCUUUUAAAAUCAUCUUGUUGUGCUGUUUUUGCUUUUAACGUAACAUUUUUUAGCAUGGUAAUAUUUUUAGUAGUAAUAAAAGGAAAAUGGAUAAACUAAUUUCCAUAUUUAAUGACACCCUUUCCUUGUUUUUCUGCAAGGGUUUCAUGGGCCAGCCACACAUUGUUCAUGUAACAUAGUUUUGAGACAGUGCACCCUGUACAUACUAGCUGACUUGUGAGAGGAAAGAAAGGGAAAAAAAUGCAACUUUUCACUGUACCAGUGGGUGGUCUGUCAAGUCGUGUUUGUUUUGUCUCUUCUUAUAUAUAUAUAAAUUGCUAGGUGGAUAUUUCUCUGGCGUUUGCAACAUGUGCAUGCUUUUGUUGUCAUGUAGUGCGCGCGCCAACAUGUGUCGCGCAUAUCACUAGGAAUGCAAUUGUAUGCAAAUGCGGGUGUUCCCCCAACAACAACAGAACGAAUGCACUUUUAAAAAUACACAGCUCCUUCACAAACCUUUCUUUUUCUAAGUUAGUGCAAAGACAGGCUACCCCAUCACCACUACUAACUACUACAGCUACUACAACUACUACAAGAACAAUGCAAAAGAAAAAAAAAAAAGUCAUCAACCGCCACAGUACAAGAGCAAAACAAAAAAGGCUUCCCUAUUGCACAUUUCCCUAGCUUUGGAAGAAGGGGAGCUGGGAAGCGAACACACAAAGAUACGAACUGCAUCUGUACAGAGCGUCCCAUCCCUCACACUUCAUUUUUUUUUUUUUUUUGUCGCCCGUUGCCUUAACCGAAGAGGCAACAAGUGGGUGUUAUCGGAAAAACAAACUUGGCAAGGUCAGUCACCGACCGGCAUGUGAAAUGCCACAGAACUUCAGCAAAAUGUUCUUUUUGUUUGUAAAUAAAUGAUAAAUGUGCUCAUUCAGACAUGUGCACCUUCCCCGAAAUAUAUCUCUUUCCUCCGAGAACUCUCCCUUCGGAAUCAAGAGGCUUGCUUUAAAAAAAAAAAAAAAAAAGUUUUUUUUCUUUGUUUGUUUCCAAGCAUCUUUUCCAAGUUGCCCAGCUGCCUCCGUAGUGCCUGCAAAUGCUUUCAUUGUUUGUGUAUUUAUUGCCGAUCAAUGUAAAUAACUGUGGCUGUGUCCCCUGCCUUUUUUUUCCUCUGUGAGCGUUGUAAGCGGGGCUGCCAAAAUCUCAACUCAGUCGCACCAAAUAAGACUCUUGUAGUACAAGCUGGGUACAGUUCUCCCCACCCCCGCGAUUCUCUUGCGCGUUCCUUGUGGGGGUGCGCUGGCGAGGGCUUAACUGUGUUUCCAUGUCGCUGUGUCAGUGGCGGCUUCCAGCCCGGUGGGACGGGCCAGCCGUUAAAAAAAAAGAAAAUACUUGUAUUCCUGCAUUUUUUUUUCCUUGUUCAUGCAUUGUCUAUACAGGUGCCUUCUAAAACAAGUGCAGCAUUGCACUUCUUUUUCUACAUUUUAUUUACACCUCAAUGAGCACCGAGAUGCAGCUCCUUGUAGGUUGCCUUUCCUCGGCACUGAAAAUGACCUUGCCCAAGGGUUCCCCCACCCCCACCCCCAUUACUUUUG